AUGUCCCCAGUGCAGGUGAAGAGCGGGAGGAGAGUGACCGAAGCACUCUGCUCCCCUCCAGCUCUGUCACCUGUGUGUUUUCCACCUUACCAAGCCCUGUGUUCUUCCACUGAGCUGCUGGGCAGAAGGGAGCAAAAUGUCAUACCUCAUAGGAUAAAGAAAAAAGCUCCCAGGGAAAACUUAAACAGGGGUGAAGAAACUGUCCCUAUCCUCCAAACAUUCCAGCUCCCAUCUAAUUAUGUCUUUAACAAACUCCAUCGCUGUCCUCGGAAGCCUACAAGGAUUUAUGAAGAUGUAGAUUUGAGUUACCCCACAACUGAAUAUUUGGAAAAAUAUACCAAAUUUGAAAAUGUUAUUCCUUCACAAAAUAUUAAAUCUCUGCAGCAUGAACAUCAAACAGAUGAUAGUAAAAUGUCUGAAUGCCUUUCCUAUGGCAUAAUUAAAAAAAUGGCUUCUGUACAAGAAGAAUACAAGCCAAAAAAGAAGGAAAUUGAUUUUGCAAGCACCUAUAAGCAGGAUUUUAAAAUGCUUCCAUUACAACCUGCUAAAACAAUGAAGCCUCUGGAGAAAAGUCUUCCUAAAGAAGGAAAGAUGGAUACUCUUCCUACCUAUAAAGAUGAUUUCAGACUUUGGAGGAUUGAGAAAAGGGAACCUGCAAAGCAACUGCCUACUGAGAAAUCUACAUUUCAGCCCUUUGAAGCCUUUACAAACUAUCUCUUUUCAUAUAGGCCUCAUGAGCUAGGACCCAAAUUUAUAAAACCAAAAGAAGUUUAUAAGCCAAACAAUGAACCCUUUGAUGAUUUAACAACCAACCGCCAGGCUUACCAAGGCCUCCAUGGGGAACCUGCAAAGAUUUGUCUACCUGCAAUCACCAGGGUGGCAAAAAAUGCUCAAUUCAGGGGAAACACGGAAUUCCAGGAUAAUUUUCGUUCAUGGGAAAUGCCAUUGCCCAAGAUUAGAAAGUUAACUCAGUAUGUUCCCCCAUCAGAUCACAUGGAGCAAAGUAGCAAAAGCCAUCAAGAUUCUAUUCCAACUCAAAUGACCACAGGGGCUCCUAAAAAGCAAGUUUAUUCACAUAUUACUAAAUUUCCCUUUCAAGGAAAAAGCACCAUGAAAGAUGAUUUCAGACAAUGGGACAAUUAUCACAGAAGGACAGUAAUGAGUAAGCCCGGCCAUGAUUUUUCCAGUCCAUCUGGGAAGUUUGAAGACUUGACCACUUUCAGAACUCAUUAUAGAGAGCAUGAAUUAAUCCCAACAAAGAGUUUCAAACCUGUCCCUCUUAUUGUUAACAGCUCUGAACCAUUUGAUGGUAGAACAUUAUACUCUCUCCAUUAUACAGGAAAGAAACAGGAGACAUGCCCAGCUAGCUAUUCUCCCCCUCCAGGAUAUAGAUUUGAAAAUACUGAUUUCCAUGGUCACAAAUUAUUUCGCAAGAAUAGUCCACCAGGGGAGGACUUUACUUCAUCAACUAAUAAGAUUUCCAACUAA